AAUAGAUUAAUUAUUGCAAUAAUUAUAUUAGUAUCUAAUCAAAUAUUUGUGUUACCCACAUAUGUACCAAGUUCAGUCAAGUCAACCGUACAGUAUAUAAGGUGACAAAAUAUUAGCAUUAUUUUCAUUAAAUUAACACAACAUUACUGUAUAUUAAUAAUCGAUGCCGAAACAUACCGACGCUGAUAAGAAAGCCUUAGCCGAGACCCUGUUUGGCGAGGCCAGGGGUGAGUCUGAGGAGGGUCAAAUUGGGGUAGCCGGGGUCAUUUUGAACCGUGCCGAGGCUAAUAAGGACUAUUGGGGCGGUUCACAAGUAAAGGACGUGUGCGAGAAACCGGGUCAGUUUGAGUGCUUCCAGGACCGGGAUAAGUUGCGCAAGGACAUUGAAAAUGAGCAAGCUACUUAUGCGAAAAUGGAGCGACUUUCCGAUGAUAUACUGUCCGGUAGGGAAACCCGUAACCCGGUUGGCAAUUCUGAUCACUAUAAUAAUCCGGAUAAGGAGGGCUACCCUGAUCAUUUGAAAAAUUGCGAUAAAACUGUUAAAAUUGGCGGGCAUCAGUUUUAUAAAGGUAAAUAAUUGUUUUCU